CGGACACGUCUACGUUCAAGGUCGUCCUGGGUUCUCCAACGCAAGCGAGUACAUACGACAUUUCCUCGGCGACUAGCCCCCGCAUCAUCUUUAUCGCGACAAACAAUGGCCUCCUCCCCAAGCGCCGCAGAGCGCGCCGAAGCCAGGCGGCGCGCUAUCCUCUCUCGCGGCAGUGACCGUCUCUCAAAACUUAAGACAACCGCUCACGGAGAGGGCGCUGCGUAUCUCAAAGAAGACCGUCCCCUCCACCCUAUGCGGUCCCAAUUUAUGGGCGAAGACAGCUCUAUGCCGCCCCCAUCCCGCGGAACCACCCCUUUCCGUGACUCCUCACCGAGCCCCUUCACCUCACCCUCCCCAGCCCCUGCGGCUGCCGCGUCCCCAGCGCCCCCAGACCCCAAUGUUUGGUCCCAAGAAGAGCAAUCCCGCUUCAUGCAGGCCCUCAUGGCCGGUGCCGGCGGCCCCGGCCUCGGCCCGCCCCCAGCCUCGACCAACUCGACAAGCGCGCGCUCCGCCUCGGACAGCGCCAAUGCCAAUCCUCGAGCGCACUCUGCGCGCUCCCCGUCCGCCCCGCCGCAGGACAAUCCCCUCGCGGCGCUCAUGAGCAUGGCUGGCGGUGGUGCGCCCGGCGCGGGCAUGGAGGGUCUGGCGGACAACCCCCUCCUGGCGAUGAUGUCGCAAAUGGGCUUCGACCCGUCCGCCGCCGCUGCAGCUGCGGGCCCUCAGCUCGGCCAGCAGCAGCAAACGCCGCGCAAGCCUCCUACGCGUCUCCAGCGCGCGCUGCCCCUCAUCCACGCAGUUGCCGUGUGGGCACUCCUCGCGUACUUCGUGUUCUUGAGGCCGACGGGUGUAGUGGCCGAUGAUGCGCCAUUUGGUGGCGGGGGCUUCGGCGGCCUCUCCGACGGCUGGUCAAGCUGGGCUGACCCGAGUACGUGGGCGAACACGGGCGCGUGGAUUGCUUGGGACCCGUCGAAGUGGCGACGCGGCGGCAUCGGGUGGUGGCCGUGGGCUCAGCUCGCGCGCCGUGCGCCGGAAGUAGGUGUCUGGGAAGCGACUGUCGGCGUGCAGCCCUUCAUAUACGCGUUCCUCGUACUGGAGAUGCUCUUGCACUCAUUCAGAAUCUUGAGCCGUACUGACGACGUGCGCCCACCUGCGCUGCUACAAUUAGCGCUGCCCCAUCUACCACCCGCGCUCUCAAGCACCAUCGUGCACGGGAUGAAGUACCUGCAAAUGGGCGGACUAGUACUAGACGACGUAGCCUUCCUAGUCAUGGGGCUCGCGUUCUUGGUCGUCCUCGCUGGGUGGAUGGCAUGAGUGUAGGCUACUAGUGCUUCCAGGGACAUAUCUUGUGUGUAAUAAUAGUGAUGCUGCCUACACCCUAUAUCUCUUCAGACUUCCUUUGC